GUCGGAUUGCGGAAAAAAAAAACUUCCAGACCCGUUGCCAUCACUCCUUCAAAAAUCCCUGGCCUUCGACCAGACGAGAGGAUUAGACAUCACCCCCACUCUCUGAUGGGUUGUGUUUCCUCAAAACUCCUGAGGAAAGACCUCAGGCAAGAAGUCUUCAUCAACGCCAAUGGCGGCGACUACGUGAAUCAUGUGGUUUCUCUUACUUCAUCCACCUAUGGAGCGCUCAAGUUGGACAGCGAGCAAUCCGUCGUGGAGUGUGUUGCAGAUUCUAAGAGGCUUGAGAAAUCGCCUCCUCGCGAAGACCUAGAGGUCAUCAAUGCUUGGGAACUCAUGGAAGGCCUUGAAGAUGGUGUUCCCGUUCCAAAUCAAGCUAAGAAAAGCCCAAAACCUAGUCCUUUUCUUCGCGGCUUUAUUGGUCCUGAUGCGAGAAGUCCUUUUAAGUUAUUGAAUCAAUUUGGGUCUCCCAAGACUGUGAAGAAGUUUGGGGGCAAGGAGAAUAAAGUUCAAGGCAAUGUGGUCAGAGGCGGCAUGAGACGCCUAGAUUAUAGCCCGAAAGGGAUUCUCAAAUCAAGUAAUUUUUCUCCCAAGUCAAGCAAGCCACUCCUUAAUUCGAAUAUUCCAGUGAAGGGGUCUCCGAUUUGUGCCUCAAGGAGUAGUUUUGGCAGUGAUCCUGGGCAUUCAUCUCGAAAGAGGAGCCCUACUCCCCUGUUUGACCCAGAGCUUCUUGCAACUUACGAGAAAGAACUCUCCGAAGAGGAAGAACAAAUAAAGAGAAUGGUCUGGGCAACACCCAAAGGCCGGAGGUCCAGAAAGUCUCAGGACUCGGAAUCUGUUCUUCUGACAUUCGAGAAAAUAAGCCCUCCAGGAGGAGAAAACUCCGUAGUAAUCUACACGACGACGUUGCGAGGCAUUAGAAAGACGUUUGAAGACUGCAAUAAAGUUCGAUUGAUCCUCGAGUCCCACGACAUUCGCAUCAUCGAGCGCGAUAUAUCUAUGGACGCAGGAUUCAAAGAGGAAUUAAGACAGCUAAUGGGAACGAAAGGAGUAAAAGUCCCAGUGGUGUUCGUGAAGGGAAGGCUAAUAGGAGGAGUUGAUGAAGUGGUGAAGUUAGAAGACGAAGAGAAAUUGGGUGUCCUGUUUGAGGGGAUUCCAAGGGCAACAAAUGGGUGUGAAGGGUGUGGUGAUGUGAGGUUUGUGAUGUGUGUGAAAUGCAAUGGAAGCUGCAAGAUCCUGGAUACAGAACACCAGAAGACAGUGAAAUGUGGUCAGUGUAAUGAGAACGGGUUAAUUCAGUGCCCUAUAUGUUGUUCAUUUAAUAAGGGAUAUCUUGGGUAGAAAAAAGUUUGACUUUUUUGUGUUAUUGUUUGCUCCCUUUAAUCUCUAGGAAGAUACAGACCAAGAAUGGUGUUCGGUUUGUAGCAAUUUCUAAGUUAUGUGUUAAACUAGGGUAGGGUUCUAAAGCGUGUUUUAGGCCCCCACGUUGUUUGUUGAUUCUUUCUAUCAUUCGGCUUGUAUCAGGGGACACGAGUUGCUCCUUUUCUAAUCUAAUUCAAAAUUUACACUUGCGACA